CAAUGUUAUCUGGACAGAUAUAAUUUUCCUUUUCAGUAGUUAAAAGGGAUUUAUUAUACAAAAGUCACCACAAGGCUACAUUCGAAGAUCUUCGACUUCUUUUCACACAUCAAGAUGUUCUCUCCAGACGUGUGGAAUUCUACAGUCCUGAUGUGGUUCAAUGCGUCUGAGCUGAAUGCUUCUCUGGAGAAUCCGGAGGAGGGGGAGCACCCAUUCCUGACGGACGCCUGGCUGGUGCCUCUCUUCUUCGCUCUCAUCAUGCUGGUGGGGCUCAUCGGGAACUCUCUGGUAAUCUAUGUAAUCUCCAAACACAGGCAGAUGAGGACUGCCACCAACUUCUACAUAGCUAACUUGGCUGCCACAGACAUCAUCUUCCUGGUGUGUUGUGUUCCGUUCACAGCCACUCUCUACCCACUUCCUGGGUGGGUAUUUGGGGACUUCAUGUGCAAAUUUGUUGCCUUUCUACAACAGGUGACUGUUCAAGCCACCUGCAUUACACUCACUGCUAUGAGUGGGGACCGCUGCUAUGUCACAGUCUACCCCCUGAAGUCCUUACGCCAUCGCACUACACGAGUCGCCAUGAUAGUUAGCAUCUGCAUAUGGAUCGGUUCCUUCAUUCUAUCCACCCCGAUUUUCAUGUACCAGAGAAUUGAGGAGGGCUACUGGUAUGGACCAAGACACUACUGCAUGGAGAGGUUUCCCUCAAAGACCCAGGAGAGGGCAUUCAUCCUGUACCAGUUCAUAGCUGCCUACCUACUACCUGUCAUCACCAUCUCCUUCUGCUACACACUCAUGCUGAAGAGGGUGGGCCAGCCGUCAGUGGAACCAGUAGACAAUAAUUACCAGGUCCACCUGUUGUCUGAGAGGACUGUCACUCUGAGGAGUAAGAUCUCCAAGAUGGUGGUGGUGAUUGUCCUGCUAUUCACCAUCUGCUGGGGGCCUAUCCAGCUCUUCGCCCUGUUCCAGUCCUUCUACCCCAACUACAGGGUCAACUACGCCACCUAUAAGAUCAAGACCUGGGCUAACUGCAUGUCCUACGCUAACUCCUCCAUCAACCCAAUCGUUUACGGCUUCAUGGGAGCCAGUUUCCGCAAGUCUUUCAAGAAGACUUUCCCCUUCCUGUUCAAACACAAAGUUAGAGACAGCAGUGUCAUGUCGCGCGUGGCUAAUGCAGAAAUCAAGUUAGUUGCUGCAGAGGAAGGCAACAACGAUGGGAAAUGAAAUGAGCCAUGAUCAGAGUGAGCUUCCGGGGGACAGAGCUGCUGGAGAUUCAGUUCACUGUGCACACAAACAAACAUACACAUGACAGACUGCUGUGAAUGCACACUGCUCAACAUAGCCUGCUGUGAAAUCACACUGUUCUGAAGGCAAACACCUGGUGGAACCAGCAUUUUAAAAUGGCACUUGAUGUGUUUGUUUGCAACCAGCAUUUUAAAAUGGCACUUGAUGUGUUUGUUUGCAAUUCUACAAAAUCUGUCUGAUCCUGCUCUGUUCUGAUAUCACAGACUUGAAAGGACAUUAAAAGGUCCCGAACAGUCAAUCUGGUUCCCAUAUAAAAUAACAACACCCAUAAUAUUUUUUCCUGAUAAAAAUGCUCAAAUUUCUCUCGUCAAACCAGGAAGUCUGAAAAGACAUACUGACUGGAGCUAGUAGGCUGAGUGGGCGGGGAGCUCACCUUGACUGACUGUUCUUUGAAAAAGUCUAGCAACAUGGAUGCAGUGACAUUAUCUCAAGCAUAUUUGCUCAAACAUCAUUGAAAUUGCAUGCAACUUCCAAUCCUGUCAUUCAUCACAUCAUGGUGUCAUUCCUGCUCCCUCCAGUGCUCGACGUCGCCGGUCAACAAACCACCGGACCUGGCAACUCACAUUGCGCACACCUGGCAACCACACACCUGCUCGUCAUUUGCUCCUUGAUUACUCCCCCUUUAUUUAGCUCUCACUUGUCAUCAGUCAUUAGGUGGUAUUGUUCUCUCGCACGUGGUCGGACAAGGAAACUUACUGCAGCAGAUGAGACACAUCAUGCUUGCUUCCCUUCGCUGUCUGAAGAUGUCCAGCAGUGCCAUCAGCUCAGAAUUGGCAGAAAACAGUGGGACCCUGGUACACCCAUCUAUUGUCUGGAGAAGUCUGCUCAGAAGUGACCAUGGAAGACUUGUAGCCAGAAAGCCAUACCUACGACGUGGAAACAAGGCCAAGCGAAUCAACUAUGCACAAAAACACAGGAACUGGGGUGCAGAAAAAUGGCAGCAGGUACUCUGGACUGAUGAGUCAGAUAUUUGGCUGUAGCAGAAGGCAGUUUGUUCGCCAAAGGGCUGGAGAGCAGUGCAUGAAUGAGUGUCUGCAGACAACAGUGAAGCAUGGUGGAGGUUCCUUGCAAGUUUGGGGCUGCAUUUCUGUAAAUGGAGUUGGCUAUUUGGUCAGAAUUAAUGGUCUCUUCAAUGCUAAGAAGUACGGGCAGUUACUUAUCUAUCAUGCCUCCUGAUGAUAUUGCAUCUGUUUGGCCCAACAUUUAUUCUACAGCAUGACAAUGACCCCAAAUACACGGCGAACGUCAUUAAGAACUAUCUUCAGUGUAAAGAAGAAAAAGGUGAAGGAAGUGAUAGUAUGGCCCUCACAGAGCCCUCACAGAGCCCUGAUCUCAACAUUAAGUCUGUCUGGAAUUACAUGAAGAGAGAGAAGCACCUGAGGCUCCCUAAAUCCACAGAAGAACUGUGGUUAGUUCUCCAAUAUGUUUGGGGCAACCUACCUGCCGAGUUCCUUCGAACUGUGUACCAAGAAUAAUUGAUGCUGUUUUGAAGGCAAAGGGUGGUCACCCCAAAUAUUGAUUUGAUGUACAUUUUUCUUCUGUUAACUCACUCACUCGAUUUUGUUAAUCGAUAAAUAUAAUCUAUUAACCUGUCUAGUUUUGAACGCAUUCUUAUUUUACAGCAUUUUCACAUCUGCCUAGUAACUUUUGCACAAUACUGUGUGUGUAAAGUAUUCAGACCCCUUGACUUUUUCCACAUUUUGUUACGUUACACCCUUAUUCUAAAAUAGUUUUUGUUUUUUAAAUCCCGCUCACCAAUCUACACACACUACCCCACAAUGACAAAGCAAAAACAAGUUUUUGGACAUUUUAGCAACAAAAAAAACAAGUAUUUAGACCCUAUGCUAUGACACUCAAAAUUGAGCUCAGGUGCAUCCUGUUUCCAGUAAUCAUCCUUGAUGUUUCUACAACUUGAUUAGAGUCCACCUCUGGUAAAUGCAAUUGAUUGGGCAUUAUUUGUAAAGACACACACCUGUCUAUAAGGUUCCACAGACGACAGUGCAAAAACCAAACCUUGAGGUCGAAGGGAUUGUCUGUGGAGCUCCGAGACCGGAUUGUGUAGAGGCACAGAUCUGGGGGAAGGGUAC